AACGUCAUUGACGUGCUACAGUUACGUUCGGUCAAAGAUGUUUGGAUUGCGAGGUUUCUGUCCCGGAUCCUGGUCGACCAUGAAGAUCAGGAUUUGAAGAAGCCGGUGACGGCGUGUGCAGAGAGCUCAGAAUGGAGGAGUCAGACAGAGGAAGAGAUGGGAGGAGAAGGAAGGGGGGGGGGGGGGUGAUGAGGAGGAGUGAUGUGGGAGUGACCGGAUCCACAGGUUGAGUAUAAAGUGACCACGGGUGCAGGAAGACACUCAGUACUGUCUCCGUGUCUCCGUGUUCCAGCCUUUUCCCGGCAGUCAGAGAGGAUGAGAGUGGGGGGAACAAAGUGAAGGCUCGACAGGGACACCUCAGGACUCACAUCUGAACUUGGACUCGCUGUGAUGAUGGAGAAAGCCGCACUGCUGCUGUUCUGUUGCCUGGUUGUGUCUCUGUCAGGUUCCCCGCUCUACCCAUCCAUACGGUUUGGCCAGAGGGACACGUCCAUCCUGAUGACGUCUUCUGUGAGAGACCCAGCUGAGCCGCUGGAGGGGGGGCCCCAUCCCAUCAGCGACCAAGCCGGACUACGCUCAGAACGCCACGCUGACGCCAUCUUCACCAACAGCUACAGGAAGGUUCUGGGACAAAUCUCUGCCAGGAAGUUCCUCCAAACCAUUAUGGGCAAACGGCUGGGAGAUGGAAACGACAGCUACAAACGUGAGUCAGACAUCUACGAGGGGACCUUCAAAGAGGAUCUGACCUCCAUCCAGAGCGACCAAAGAUACAGAGGGAUACAUGGGAAUGUCAUAAAGUCCAGACAGCUGAGUUAAGGACCAACCCGAGAGCAUCCGGCCUCCUGAUGAUGUUCUGAUCCUCUACAAGUCGUUUUCUGUUUCUUCAACAAAUAAAAAAUACAAACCAUUGCCUUUUAUUCUCAGCUAAUUAAUUGGAAUUAUUCUUGCUUAUUGUUAUUAAAAGUUGUGAAGAAAA